AUGUGGACCCAAAAACAAUUCACCCUCCCCUCCCGCUCUCGCGGCUCAUACCUCAUCACCGACACCAUCAUCAAGGAACUUCCCGAGAUCAAAAACUACAAAGUGGGCUUGUUGAACCUGUUUAUCCAGCACACCUCCUGCGCGUUGAGUCUGAAUGAGAAUUGGGACGAGGAUGUCAGGGCGGAUAUGAGUGAUGCGUUGGAUAAGAUUGUGCCGGAGCAAGGGCCGAAGGGGGAGGCGCUUUAUAGGCAUGAUGCUGAGGGGCUGGAUGACAUGCCUGCUCAUGUCAAGAGUGCUUUGAUUGGGGCUAGUGUUACUAUUCCGAUCAAGGAUGGGAAACUGUGCACCGGAACGUGGCAGGGGAUCUGGUAUCUCGAGUUUAGAGCCGCCAAGCAUAGUCGCCGGGUUGUUGCUACGAUACAGGGCGAGAAGGCUUGA